AUGGGCUCCGCUCCUUACUCCUCCGCGGCCAACCAGCUGUCGACCCUGCUGGCAGACGAGCCCAGCGGUCCCUCGAUUCAGGUGGCCAUCCCGGGCCCCAAGGCCAAGGCCGUGGCCGACGACCUCAACACUGUUUUCGACACUCGCGCCUUGAACAUGGUCGCCGACUACCGCAAGUCACACGGCAACUACAUUGUCGACCCUGAUGGCAACGUGCUGCUGGACGUGUACGCCCAGAUUGCCUCCAUCCCGGUCGGCUACAACAACCCGGCUCUGCUGGCUGCUGCUCAGUCGGAGGAGAUGGCCCAGGCCCUGAUCAACCGCCCGGCUCUAGGCAACUUCCCUUCGGUCGACUGGGCCGACAUUCUGCGCUCUGGCAUCCUCAAGGUGGCCCCGCCCGGCCUGGACCAGGUGUUCACCGCACUCGCCGGUUCCGACGCCAACGAGACAGCCUACAAGGCCGCGUUCAUGUGGCGCCGCCAGAAGGAGCGCGGUGGCCCCAGCGUCGAGUUCACUGAGGAAGAGAUGAACAGCGCCAUGGUCAACCACGGCCCCGGCGCGCCCGACCUGUCCAUCUUGUCCUUCAAGUCGGCCUUCCACGGUCGGUUGUUCGGCUCGCUGUCGACCACCCGCUCCAAGCCGAUCCACAAACUAGACAUCCCUGCCUUUGACUGGCCCCGCGCUACCUUCCCCGAGAUCAAGUACCCGCUUGAGGAGCAUGCGGAGGAGAACGCCAAGGCCGAGGCCGCUGCCCUGGCCGAGGUCGAAGAUCUGAUCCUCAACUUCCACUCCCCGCCCGCCGCCGUCGUUGUCGAGCCGAUUCAGUCCGAGGGCGGUGACAACCACGCAUCGCCGGCCUUCUUCCGCGGCCUGCGCGAGGUGACCCGCAAGCACGGUGUGCUCAUGAUUGUCGACGAGGUGCAGACCGGUGUGGGCGCGACGGGCAAGUUCUGGGCCCAUGAGCAUUGGAACCUGCCCCACCCGCCCGACAUGGUGACCUUCUCCAAGAAGGCCCAGACCGCCGGCUACUACUUUGGCAACCCCGAGCUGCGCCCCAACAAGCCAUACCGCCAAUUCAACACAUGGAUGGGCGACCCGGCCCGCGCCCUGCUCUUCCGCGCCAUCAUUGACUACAUCCAGAAGAACGACCUAGUCGCCCAGACCGCCCGCGUCGGCGACUACCUGUUUGGCAAGCUCGAGAAGUUGGCCGCCCAGUACCCCGACCAGUUCGCCAACCUGCGCGGCAAGGGCCAGGGCACUUUCAUUGCAUUUGACAACCCGAAGCGUGAUGCGUUCCUGGCCAAGGCCAAGACCUUUGGCGUCAACAUUGGCGGCUCUGGUGCCAACGCUGUGCGUUUGCGGCCAAUGCUAAUCUUCCAGGAGAAGCACGCCGAUAUCCUGAUCGAUGCCCUCGAGAAGAUCGUCAAGUCGCUGUAA